GUUUUUAUUUCGUAUUGCAUUUUUGGAGGUCUGGCCAGAGCGCCUUGGAGCAAUGCGGGGUGGCCAGCGAUCGCGAUUUCGUGCCGGAGGCGAUUUCUCCCAGCAGCAGCAGCUCACGAUCGGCCGCGCUCUCGCGAUUUGGAUCGAAAUCAGGUGGAUCUGAAGCUCUGUCUCCUAGGGCUUGAGCUUUGGCGCGGCAUGUAGGGGCGUAGAAUUCUCGCAGGGAUUUUAUCGGAAGAAUGCAAGCCGCUAUUAGAUACACCGACAGUGCUGGACGCUUCCAUGGGAAUCAGGCGCAUGCUAAUGGUGGGACAGAGCUUGAGAAUGGAUUCAGGGAUCCCGUAGAAGUCUAUGACCUUCUCGCAAAGGCCGAAAUUGCACUUACGGAGAAGGUUGCCGAGGCGAAUCACCUGCGUACUGCUCUACAGAGCGCCCAGCAUGAAAUUGCAACUCUGAAGAAAAAUGCUGCCUCGCGAAAGCCAGAGGAGGAAACAAUCUCGCAAGAACGCGUUCCUGCAAAUGGGAACACGAACGCAGAAAAUGGGGCGGACGUUAAGUCGGAUGCUGUGCCUCCAUUCAGACCGGACAUGACACUGGCUUCGACGAGGACGCACGAGGAGGAAGUCCGUCAGCUUCGGAGCAAACUCUAUGAGGCCACUAUAAGGGAAACACAACUUCUUGCUGAGAACACUAGUUUGGAAAGAAAAAUGGCAGAACUACAAGUGUUCUACUAUCGGGAGCAGCAAUCUGUCGCCGAUGCAACGUCAAAAGCCUUGACGAUUCGUGAAGAGCUUGCUGAGAAAAAUAUGAAGCUUGCUUAUGAUAAUCAAGCUCUAGGACAAGAAAGAAACUUUCUUGUGACGUCGCUGUUGCCACUUCUGGAGGAGUUUGAUUUGCAUCCAGCUACAGAUGCGCAAUCAAUUGUCGUCUCUGUGAAAGCAUUGGUGCAACAUUUGAAGUCCAGAGUAAACGAUGAGAGAAGAAUCAAAGAGCCAGGUUUCUACAGGCCAUGGUUGUAUACGCCACCGUCUCCGUCCAAUGUACAAUCACCCCCUCGAUUUGCUCCUCCCUCGCCUCUGCAGAAUGGGCGGGGACUAGAACUUGUGCCUCAAAGUAUUUAUCCUCAAAUUCAAAGGCCUACAUCGCCUUCCUCUUUGAACGUCAACACGACGCGAUCUGUUGGUACUCCCGAGUAUAUGCAUAUGCAAGAAAUGGUUCCUAAGCACAAUACAGAUUUACACGAAAAUUUCCAUUCUAUUGAGGGUGAUGAUCCAGACAUCAGGACCAAUUACGAUCAUAAACGUUCUCCACAUUUGCCAUCAUUACCUGAGGAGCCUAACCACGCAGAAGAAGAUCCUUUGCCUGCUGUUGCUGGCCUGCGAAUUGUGGGAGAUGCAGUGCUGGGAAGCAAACUGACUGUUUGUGGCCAUUCCAUCAACGGAACUGCUCUUUGCAAUUUUCAGUGGAUACGGUAUUACAAAGAUGGUGCCGAGGACAUUGAUGGCGCGUCUCAAACCGAAUACACUCUAAGUGCUGAUGAUUGUGAAACCUUUAUCGCAAUACAAUGUUGUCCUAUGGAUGAUCGAGGACGGAAGGGAGAGGAAGUGAUUGAGUUUGCAAACAAUCAAAACAUAAUCAAAUGCGAUGCAACCAUGGACGAUCAAAUCAAUGUUCAUAUUGCGGCUGCUCAGGCUCAGUUCGAUGUGACGGUUAUGGAGGACGGAACUGAAGACUGGGAACCUGGAACUUUGAUAACCAAACGUUUGAGCUAUCAAAUAAUACGAAACGGCGUACGGUUGGUUAAGGAAAGUUACACUUCAGACGUUAAUGUGCGGGUCAUUUUGGGACAGUUUAUUCAGUGCGCAAUAAUAAGCAGCGAUGGGAAAGAGCACAUGCUGACUUUCAAAGAUAAUCGGCUUCGCGAUCGUGCGGUACUUACUUUAAGGCGUUUCAAGCAAAUGGCACUGGAGGGUAAGAGAGUGAGAUCAAAGAGCUGGUUUGGCAAGAAGGCCGGCUAGUUGCCCUCCAGAUAUACGUUUCCUUGUUUUAUUAAUGUUGAGAAUGACACACUCUUAGCUGUAAGCUGUGAUCAGAAACCAAACUAUUGAGGUCAACUGGGACCAGCAUUUUACA